AUGAUCUCUCAAUGGGUCACCCACGCCAAACGUUUCUACGACGAGCUCGGGGACAAUGACACCCACCCUCGCUUCAUCUCCAAUACCGACAACCCGUAUAAUGUUAUCCUGCAUUGCGGAUCUUUAGACUCCCGCGAGAGCUUUUGCUUCGAUGUGCUCUGUAACAAAUGGGCUUCCCAGUACUAUAUUGUCCGCCAGUACUAUAUUGUCCGGUUCAAGGGACCUGACGGGGUAGCAAUAUCCCGCAGAGACUUUUGCAAGGCAUGGGCCGUUUCCCGUCGGACAGUCGCUUUUCUAGGCGGCCUCAAAUCAUCAAUACAAGACUUGGGUCUUGAGCAGGAAUACACAGAAGAUCUAGAGACCAUCUCUGAGCUGCUCCGUAAAUACGAAGCCUAUUGGGACGAACUCAACUUUGUCAUGCAGCAUAUCAGUUCCUGGGAACGGAUCGGUUAUCUGCCCUUUGUCCACGACCCUCUCCCACCCAACUACAAAUCCCUCAUAACCGACCCCGUCAAACCUCGCUCUCGUAAAUGGAUGCUCAAAGGCACGGACCAUUGGUAUCCUGUCGACGCUUAUUUCACAUGUGAAUCGCCUUUCAGUGAUCUAUACAUUCUUUACGUCAAGAAGAUACUGGAACUACACGAAGAAGGUGUCGAGGAUCGGUGGUUUGCUAUGUGGGAUAUGUGGGGGCCGGAUCCGGUUGAGUACAAGCUGUAUCGCUUCCCGGGGGAUUUCCCUAUCAGCGAGAGUGAAUUGCAGUUGCGGAAGAAGAGUCAAGGUGUGAACUUCGGGGAGCUACUAUCGGAAUUUGGUGAUUUAUGA